AUGAGCUCACUGAAACAAUAUCUACGUAAUAUUGAACAACAGCGUUUAGACAAUGUGAUAGAAGUGAUAGGUAUUCCUAAAGCUAAAGACGAAAACCUUGUAAAUAUAUCUCUCAAACUAGCUGAGACACUCAAUAUGGACAGGACGCAAGUAGUGAAUAUUGCUAGUGUAGAAGGUCGAAAUAACCAAGAUGGAAACAUCCAAGUGCAGUUCAAACAUGCAGAAAAUGUAAGCUUACGGGUGCGAGCCUCGAAAAAGGAAGCAGUAGUGGUAGAACAAAUCAUCUCCGAGGCCCCUGUGGAAGUUGCUAAGACGAAAGUGAUCAUACGACGCGCCCUGACCAAAGCCAAUAAGUCGUUAUUAUGGCUAGCACAACAAAAACUAAGACCGGCCUACAAAUACGUCUGGUUCCAAGAUGGAAAGGUGCUACUACGUAAAGACGACAAAUCUAAGCCUAAGGUCGCGCGAAGCGAAGCUGACAUUGAGAAGCUCUCAGCACUAACGGAAAUAAUCGGCCAAAGUUCCAAGCGGUAA